GGUAGGUACUCGAAACAACAUCAUACCCGCCCAUGGAUUCCCUCCCGCUUUCAUGGACGCGGGACGUCCUUAGAUUUUCCUUGUACGCUACAGCAUCGUCCGACAUCUCUCAUGCUACAGAAGGAGAGUCUGGCGGCGGCGAAGGUCCGGGCGCCGGCCGUGAUCCGCGAUUCCGCAAGCUGAUUGAGGCGAUACUGUUUUCGAGAAGACUUGUCCCGACAUACAACCUCGCUCUUUUGGUGAUCUUGGUAGUAUUCACAUCCUGGCACUGGGGAGAGAAGUAUGCACUAGCCCGCCGGCGAAAGAUCAGGCAAAGAGACCUCAAGAUCAAGAAAGAGGAGGUCCCGCAAGAUGCACCGGAUGAUGUAUGGUCGUCGAGUAGUAGCACCAUCGAGGGGACUGUAACCCCUCCAGAUGCUAAGAAAAGCAUCGAACCUCCGGAUGAAGAGACUCCCCUCCUUUCCAUUGGUGGAUCUCGAAAACGAUACACCAGAUCGAGUCUCAAGAAAUCAUUCUACCUUAUCAGGUCUGGGCUUCAAUAUCAACCGCCACCGAUACCAAUCAUCAACAAGACGCUCCCGCCAAAUUCGGUGUCUAUCUUCGUCCUGUUCUACCUGGGUCUUAAUGUCUUCUACAGCAUCUACGGGGUUCCACACGAAUUGAUGUAUAUAUUCGUCUUCACUGAUCGCUGCGGAAUGCUCAUCGUCGCCAAUCUCCCUCUGCUCUACCUCCUCGCUGCAAAGAACCAACCUAUCAAGUUCCUGACGGGACAUUCGUAUGAAUCGCUAAACAUCUUCCAUCGCCGCGUGGGCGAGCUCCUGGUACUGGCGGCACUCUUGCAUUUCCUUGGGAUCAUUCUGGUCUGGUACAUGCUGCUUCGGCGAAUGGGCCAGACGCUCAUGCAUCUACUCUUCGAGAGAAUCAUCUUGACGGGUCUGACGGCUUUCAUGUCCUACGUGGUGCUCUACUUUACAUCCCUAGGGAGCUUCAGGAAGCGCUGCUACGAAGUGUUCCUCGCAACGCAUGUCUUCCUACAGCUUGCAGCACUAGUCCUUGUCUUCUUCCACCACCACGGCGCACGCCCAUACAUAAUCAUCUCAGCCAUCAUCUUCACCGCCGACCGCAUCGUCCACCGUCUCUGGCUGAAAUCCUCCUCCCACCCCGCCAACCUCACCGUCCUCGAAGACGACGAGACAAUCGUUCUCUCAUCGAACUGGGACGUCGCCACCUCCCCAAACAAACCCCACAACAUCCUCACCGGCACCUCAAUGGCCCACGGCUGGAAACCCAACGACCACGUCUUCCUAACCGUACCCUCGAUCUCCAAAAAAUACAUUUUCCAAUCCCACCCCUUCACCAUCUUCUCCGCCGCACCCACUUCCGACCCAUCAUCCCCCUCAUCUAAACCCCACGCCUGGUUCAACCUCCUCAUCCGCGCACAAGGCUCAUCCGGCUUCACACGCACCCUCCUCGACUACGCACGCUCUCACCCAACCACCCGAAUCCGUCUCGACGGGCCGUACGGCUCCUCGCACGCCCUCGACGUCCUCGAGGACUCCGACACCGCCGUCGUCGUCGCAGGCGGAUCGGGCAUCGCAGUCGCGUACCCGCUCCUCUGGGCGCUCCUCCACCCCACCCUCGACGACAUCGAGACCGCGAGGGGCUCUCGGACGGGUAGGAAAGUCCGCCUGCUCUGGGUCGUGCAUUCUGCGUCCCACGCGUCGUGGGUUCCCGCAGAGAAGAUGAAGGAGCUUCGGGAGUGGGGGCUCGAGGUGCUGGUGACGCCGCCGACGAGCGAGGCGGGCAGGCCAGAUGUUAGGGGUAUUGUGGAGGAGUGGGCGGCGAGGGAGGGGAGGACGGGGGUGGUAGUGUCGGGCCCGGAUGGUAUGGUGAGGGAUGUGAGGAAUUCGUGUGCUGGGUUGAUGGCUUCGGGGGUGGAUGUGAGUGUGCAGGUUGAGAAGUUUGGGUGGUAGGACUGUGGAAGGGAGCGGUGUGGUGGGCCGGGAUAUCAACUUGACGACACUUGGGCGAUACAUGGUGUUAACGGGCGUUCACGACAUUUCCUUUCUGGUGUUUCCCUUCAGGCAUCUCCGUCACUAUAUCUUGAGUUUACAGCAACGUAGAUCUCCGGUCCUUUCUUCAUAUACAGGGACAUAUACAAACAUACAACAUUUAUACAGAUUUCUUAUACAACGCUUCCACUAUUCGUACAACGACAACAAAUCACACAUACAUCC